AUGGAAUCGUCGAUACCUGCACCAAAACCACUCAGUUUCACAGGAAAUGUCGGGGAGAACUGGAGAAAAUGGCUCCAGCAAUACAAGUUGUUCAUGGCCGCCACGGAAAAGAACAGGAAAUCGGAAAAGCUUCAGUGUGCAAUGUUCUUAACUUUAGCAGGAGAGACAGCGAUUGAAAUUUAUAAUACCUUUAUGUUUACAGAAAGUGAAAUCGACAAGAUUGAGCCUCUUAUUCAUAAGUUCGAGGCUUACUGUACGCCGAAGAAAAAUCUUACGUACGAGCGACAUGUAUUCAAUAGUCGAAAACAACACGUGGAUGAAACAUUCGAUCAUUUCCUAGCAGAUCUUAAAACUAUAAUACGAAAAUGUAGUUACGGGCAGUUAGCCGACGACUUAUUGCGAGAUCAAAUCGUGGAAGGCAUCCAAAGCGACAAAGUACGGGCAAGACUAUUACGCGAAAGUGAACUUGACCUGCAAAAAUGCAUUGAUAUUUGUAGAGCAGACCACGCGGCCACCGCUCGAAUGAAAUCUUUGUCAAACACAUGUGAUCUCAACAACGUUGAUCAAGUGAAUAGUAGUCGCGGAAAUACGCGAGGCAACCCAAGCAGCAGCAUGGACAAAUCGAAAUUUGAAACCAAGAAACGAGACCCCCCAUCUACUUGUAGCAGGUGUGGUUAUACACAUGUAUCAAGAUCCUGCCCGGCGAAUGGCAGAAUCUGUCAUAACUGCGGCAGAUUUAAUCAUUUUCAGAAAAUGUGUCGAAGUGAAAAACCUAAGACCAAAGUGGAAACAGUCGAGCAGCAACAAACUUCAGUAAUGUCUGACGAGGAUUUUAUUGCGGAUGCAGUGAAAUCAACAACAAAUAUUAAGGACCCCCAAAAUGUAUGGAUCACUCCCUUGCUAGUGAAUAACACUAUUAUUCCUCUAAAGCUGGGCACUGGUUCUGAUGUAAACAUCCUGAGCUUCAACGAUUUCAAAACUUUGAAAGAUCAACCCAAGUUACUGCCAACUAAAGUCAAGUUGACUGCAUAUGAAGGCAGUGAGAUUCCUACGAAAGGGGAGUGUAUUUUAAGAGUGCAUGCCAACAGUCAUAGUUAUUAUCUAAAAUUUACUAUCAGCCCUCAAGAUGUCACACCAAUACUAGGAUUAAAAAGCUGUGAAAAAAUGAGUUAUACAACGAAUCCUUAAAAUAUCUUUGAAGCCACCACAAGGUCCUGAGAAUGUAGACACACCUACAGUCAAACAACCAAAUGGUGAUUCAAUAUUUUCUGAUUAUGCGGAUGUAUUUACUGGUCUUGGAGACUUACCUGGUCAAGUGCAUAUUCAGUUGACCCCAAAUGCAAUACCAAGAAUUGAUGCCUGUCGACGAAUACCUUUUCCACUUCAGCAACAAGUUAAAGACGAACUAGACCGCAUGGAACGGAUGAAAGUUAUUGAAAAAGUUGAACGACCCACACAGUGGGUUAAUUCAAUGGUUGUUGUGCACAAACCUAAUGGUGCUUUAAGAAUCUGUAUGGACCCGAAGAAUUUAAAUAAGUCCAUUAUGAGAGAACACUAUAAACUCCCCACCAGAGAAGAAGUUAUGUCCAGAUUUGCAGGUGCUACAGUGUUUUCCAAACUUGAUGCUUCAAGUGGAUUUUGGCAAUUAAACUUGGACAAUGAAAGUUCAGACCUGUGUACGUUCAACACCCAGUUUGGUAGAUAUAGUUAUUUACGUCUUCCUUUUGGUAUUUCCAGUGCACCAGAAAUAUACCACUGCACAAUUCACCAAAUGUUUGAACAUGUUGAUGGAGUUGACACAUCAAUGGAUGACAUAAUUAUAUGGGAAUCCAAUGUGGAAGAACAUGAUCAGCGCCUCCACCAAGUUUUACAAGUUGCACGGCAAAACAAUCUAAAACUACGCAUGAAGAAAUGUGAAAUCCGAGUUCAAGAGCUUACUUUCUUGGGGGAUACAAUCUCAGUUGAUGGAAUUAAACCAGAUCAACGUAAGGUACAAGCAAUAAACAAUAUGGAAAAACCAACCAACAGAAAGGAACUACAAUGUUUUUUGGGGAUGGUAAAUUAUCUGGCGAGAUUCCUGCCUAAUCUCUCAGUUAAAACCGAGCCUUUGAGAAAGCUUUUAGAACAAAAGAAUCGAUGGGAAUGGCAUCAUGAACAUGACAAAGCAUUUGAAGAACUGAAACACCUAGUGUGUAGUGAACCAGUAUUAGCUAUGUAUAAUCCAAAACAACCUAUUAGAAUUUCCACGGACGCUAGCCGAAGUGGCCUGGGUGCUGUGUUAGAGCAGCAAACUGAUGGACACUGGUUACCUGUUGCAUAUCAUUCCAGAGCAGUAACUGAUGCGGAAAGUCGUUACGCAGUAAUCGAGUUGGAAACACUAGCAAUAGCCACAGCUUGUGAAAGGUUCCAUCAAUAUAUCUAUGGGCAACAAGUAGAGAUCAACACAGACCAUAAACCCUUGGUUGCCAUAUUUUCAAAACCAUUAAAUGAUUGCCCCCCUCGUAUUGAGAGACUGCGCCUGAGAUUACAAAGAUAUGACUUGCACCUCACUUACGUCCCAGGUAAAGAGAACUACACAGCUGACACUUUAUCUAGAUUACCCAACCAAGCUAAAGUUUACAGCAUUACAGAAGCUGAUGUACAAGUCCAUGUUGAGGGAAUAAUGGCUACAACUUUAGUAUCGGACCGAAAGAAAACAGAAAUCAAGCAUGAAAUGGAGCAAGAUACUUCGAUGCAAAAGCUAAUCAAAGUAAUCCAAGCCGGAUGGCCAGAUGAACGUCAAGCUUGCUCAGGUGAACUCCAAGCAUAUUGGAACUAUAGAGAUGAACUCUGUAUUCAUGAAGGACUCAUCUACAAAGGUAAACGCAUAAUUAUCCCCUUAAAAUUAAGAAAAGAAGUUUUAUCCCAGAUUCAUGCAGGUCAUAUGGGCCAUGAAAAGUGUAAAAGAAGGGCUAGACAAGUUGUUUUCUGGCCUGGUAUGAACCAUGAGAUAGAUACAUUGGUGAACCAAUGUGAAGCAUGCCAAAAACACCAGCAUCAACAUCCUGUAGAACCCCUUAAACCACACCUAGUUCCAAAUCGACCAUGGCAAAAAGUGGCAACUGACCUAUUUGAGCUGAACAAUCAGCAUUAUAUUGUUAUUGUUGAUGCCUACUCCAACUACCCCGAGGUGCAGGAAUUGACUAGUCAGUCAAGUAAAUCUGUAAUCAAUGCCAUGAAAACAGUAUUUGCUCGAUUAGGCAUUCCCGAAGAGGUCCUUAGUGAUAAUGGACCUUGUUAUAGCAGUGCUGAGUUUGCCUCAUUUGCUAAACAAUGGGAUUUUAAUCACAUAACUAGUAGCCCAGGAUUUCCCCAGUCCAACGGAUUAGCAGAACGGACAGUUCAAACUGUAAAAAACAUCAUAAGUAAAUCGAUUGAAAGCAAAGAAGAUUAUCAAAUGGGACUACUCGUAUAUAGGGAUACACCUCUUGCUAAUGGGUUCACACCAGCAGAGUUGCUAAUGGGUAGGAAAAUACGCAGCAAUCUCCCUAUCACAGGAUUAACUCUAAAUCCAGCAACGCCACCCAAUGUUAAAGACAUAAAAGAGCAGGAAAAAACAAUCAAAAACUCUAUCAUGAUCAGCAUGCAGAGAAACUCUCAGUACUAAUUCCAGGAGAUCGUGUCAGAGUAAGACAGGAUGCGAAACCCCACUGGAAAGACAAAGGUGAAGUGUUGAAAAGAGUAAUGCCUAGAUCGUAUAAUGUAAAAACGGAAAACGGAGCAGUUCUUAGACGCAAUAGGAGAGACUUGUUAAAGAUACAGGAGAAAGCGAAGGAUAGCACAGAGAAGGAAAAGGCACAGGCAAUGGAUUUGGCAAGUCGGAAGAAACACCAGGUAAACACAAAGAUCUUAGAGAAGAAGCCUGAAAUAAAAGCAAGCAUAGGCACUAGAACCAGAACAGGAAGGGAGAUCAAAAAACCAGACAAACUCUCGCUGUAG